AUGUCUUCCUCCUCUUCUUCUUCCGACGACGGAGACACCGACGGUGGUUCUACCUCCGGCGCCGGUAGAAGCGGCGACGUUUACGAAGCUCCAUCUCCUUCCCGCCCUCGACAUGGCGCCAACGACGUCUGGCCGGAGCCUUUCCUCGAAUCCCUCGCUGUUCAAGUCGCCGUCGACGCUUCCUUAACCGCCGGUCGUCUCGCCGCAGCUCCGGCUCUUGCCAACGUUUUUCGGGUAUGCACGACGUGGCAAGCUGUCUCACGUUCCGACCAUCUAUGGCAACUUAUCUCACGCCAAGUUUGGGCAAGAACACGUUUGAUGCACGACACGUGGCGAGACGAGUUUAUCUAUCGUCAUCGGACGGCUACUAACUUCCGGUCUCGUAACUACGUUCGUUCUACGCUCGAUUUUGAUACGUCCGACGUGGACGAACCGGAUAGCCUCUCUUGCCGCUGUCUCACACUCUCCGAUCUCUAUUUAGCCGCCGGAUUCGCCGACGGAACCGUCCGGCUCUUUCUCUUGAACAACCGUCUCCAUGUCAGGACUCUACGUCCGCCUCUACGUGACAGGUUCGGAAGAUUCUCACGAGCGGUCUCAGGCAUUGUUAUCUCCGACUCAAGACUGGUUUUCGCCACGAUGGACGGAGACAUCCACGUGGCGGAAAUUAACGGUGUUGGUACUCACACGCGCACGGCUUACGCCGGGGAUAUCGUUAACGACGGUGCGUUAGUGGAUUUCGCUGGAUGUGGACGUUACUGGGUCGGGCUUUUCGCUGGCGUCCCGGGUCGGGCCUUUCACAUUUGGGAUUGUAACAGCGAAGAGACAACAUUCGUCGGUGGUUCGCUCACCGAUCCAGAAGCUGUCAUGGGAUGGCACACGUUAACGGAGCUAACGACGUCCCUUGGCCGGCUCAGAAUCUCCGGCGGAGAAACGGCGGUGGCGUGUACUCGGUGGAGGAUCAUGGCGAUUGAUCUUAGAAACCAAGGAGUGAUCAUCGGAGAAGACGAAGAGCAACGGAGAGGACUAUUAGUGACUGGUUUUGACGCUAACGACGACGCUUACGUUAGAAUGGACAGUAGAGGUAACGUUAUCGUGCGCAGGGUGAGGACGCAGGAAGUUGUGUGUGAGUUCCGUGUGAGUGGAGCGGCGCAGAGAAGAGUGAUGGGGUGUGUUAAUAGACUGCACGCGCUAAUGUGCGCAGGAGGAGUGAUGCGCGUGUGGGAAGUAGAGAGAGGAGAGUAUCUGUAUAGUGUUAGAGAGAGAGUAGGAGAAGUUGACGCUAUUGUUGCCGAUGAUAGACAUGUGGCAGUUGCUUCAUCUUCAUCUUCAUCGACGGCUGCUGUGAGUACUAUACAUCUAUGGGAUUUCGGUGCACUGUAG